CAGCAGUAGCAACAGCAGCAGCUCACCCCAAGCACAAGUAUGACCACUACUGAAAUGAGCAUGGGCAAGGUCAUUUUCUACGAGGACAGGAACUUCCAGGGUCGCUCCUGGGAGUGCAUGAGCGACUGUGCUGACUUUUCCUCCUACCUGAGCAGAUGCCACUCCUUCAGGGUGGAGAGCGGCUGCUUCAUGGCCUACGACCGUCCCAACUACAUGGGAAACCAGUAUUUCAUGAGGAGGGGCGACUAUGCUGACUACAUGAACAUGUGGGGAUGGAACAGUGGUAUCAGGUCUUGCCGUAUGAUCCCCAUGUACAGAGGCCAGUACAGGAUGAGGAUCUAUGAGAGGGAGAACUUCGGUGGUCAGAUGUAUGAGCUGAUGGACGACUGUGACAACAUCAUGGACCGUUACCGUAUGAAUGACUGCAUGUCCUGCAACGUGAUGGACGGCCACUGGCUGAUGUACGAGCAGCCCCACUACAGAGGCAGGAUGAUGUACUUCAGGCCCGGAGAGUACAGGAACUUCAGGGAUAUGGGCUGGAGCGGCUCCAGGUUCAUGAGCAUGAGGCGUAUCAUGGAUUCUUGUUAUUAGAGCACCAGUGAACAGGUGUAUUAUAGACAUGUGGUAGAAAUUUUCAUAUUGAAAUAAAAAAAUGAAAGAAAACAAAAACUUGAUCCUGUGGCUUUUUCCUGUUCUUUUAUCCAAACACAAAAAAUUACUUUAAGUUUAAAGUUGUUUUUAUUGUAAUAUGGGGUGUACUUGUCAGUGAUAUCAUUUAAGAAGUUCAGAAUAGAUAUUCAAAUAGAAACACAACACUUUGUGAAGGUGCAGUGUUCUAUUUCAAACUCUCAAAACACCCAGGCAUAGCAAGCAGCAACUUCCAUGGCUGAGAAAUAAAGUCAAUGUUGAAGUGCCAAAAACUCUUCAAGGGUCCGCUUGAAGUUGGCUACAGAACAUCUCAACAGCGCCGGUCCUGGCCACAUUUGCGCCCUGGGCGACAAUAACUCAAAUUCAAGAAAAAAAAAAGUAAUACAAUAGAAUCUCUAUCUCAAUCUCAUUUCAAAGUUAAACAGAUGUUACCUCCACUGUAACCACUCCAGACCCACUUCACUAAGGCCCAGGAAGCAAUUUUUUAUACCUGUAUCCCUUCUCAAUAGGCUAAAUAUUUCAAUAA